GGGGAGCCCGCGCCCCAUCGCGGGCGAGUAGGUAGUACUGCGAGUGGGAGUGGACCCGCGACAGAAGAGGAGGCACUGAAGGGGAGACUCAGAGAGGAGUAUGCCGAGCACGGACCUUCUGAUGUUGAAGGCCUUUGAGCCCUACUUCGAGAUUUUGGAAGUAUAUUCCACAAAAGCCAAGAAUUAUGUAAACGGGCACUGCACCAAGUAUGAGCCCUGGCAGUUGAUUUUGUGGAGUGUCCUGUGGACCCUGCUGCUCGUCUGGCUGUAUGAGUUUGUUUUCCAGCCUGAGAGUUUAUGGUCAAGGUUUAAAAAGAAAUGUUUUAAGCUCAUCAGGAAGAUGCCUAUUAUUGGUCGCAAGAUUCAGGAUAAGGUGAAGAAGACCAAGGAUGAUAUUAACAAGAGCAUGUCAUUCCUGAAAGUAGACAAAGAGUACGUGAAAGCUUUGCCCACGCAAGGUCUGAGCUCAUCUGAAGUUUUGGAGAAGCUCAAGGAAUACAGCUCUAUGGAUGGUGUGUGGCAAGAAGGGAGAGCCUCUGGAGCCGUCUACAGUGGGGAGGAGAAGCUCACCGAACUCCUUGUGAAGGCUUAUGGAGAUUUUGCAUGGAGUAAUCCGCUGCAUCCAGACAUCUUCCCAGGACUACGAAAGAUAGAGGCAGAGAUUGUGAGGAUAGCUUGUUCCCUGUUUAAUGGGGGACCGGAUUCCUGUGGUUGUGUGACCUCUGGGGGGACAGAAAGUAUCUUAAUGGCCUGCAAAGCUUAUCGGGACCUGGCCUUAGACAAUGGGAUCAAGACUCCAGAAAUAGUGGCCCCUCAGAGUGCCCAUGCUGCAUUUGACAAAGCAGCCAGUUAUUUUGGGAUGAAGAUUAUACGAGUUCCACUAAACAAAAUGAUGGAGGUGGAUGUUCGGGCAAUGAAGAGAGCCAUCUCCAGGAACACUGCAAUGCUCGUCUGUUCGGUCCCACAGUUUCCUCAUGGCAUAGUAGAUCCUGUUCCUGAAGUGGCCAAGCUGGCUGUCAAAUACAAAAUACCUCUUCACGUGGAUGCUUGUCUGGGGGGCUUCCUCAUCGUCUUCAUGGAGAAAGCAGGAUACCCAUUGGAGUACAUGUUUGAUUUCCGAGUGAAAGGUGUGACCAGCAUAUCAGCUGAUACUCACAAGUAUGGCUAUGCCCCCAAAGGCUCUUCAGUGCUGUUAUACAGUGACAAGAAAUACAGGAGCUAUCAGUUCUUCGUUGCUACAGAUUGGCAGGGUGGCAUCUAUGCUUCUCCAACCAUCGCAGGCUCUCGGCCUGGUGGCAUCAGUGCAGCUUGCUGGGCUGCCUUGAUGCACACGGGUGAGAGUGGAUAUGUUGAUGCAACCAGACAGAUCAUCAAAACGACUCGCUUCCUCAAGUCAGAACUGGAAAAGGUCAAGGGCAUCUUUGUUUUUGGGAACCCUCAGAUAUCAGUUAUUGCCCUGGGCUCCCGCGAUUUUGACAUCUAUCGACUGUUUAACCUGAUGACUGCUAAAGGCUGGUUCUUGAACCAGUUGCAGUUCCCACCCAGUAUUCAUUUCUGCAUCACGCUAGUACACACCCGGAAGCGGGUAGCUAUCCAGUUCCUAAAGGACAUCCGGGAGUCUGUCACUCAGAUCAUGAAGAAUCCUAAAGCGAAGACCACAGGAAUGGGUGCAGUCUACGGCAUGGCCCAGGCGACGGUCGACAGGAACCUGGUGGCAGAAUUGAGCUCGGUCUUCUUGGACAGCCUUUUCAGCACAGAUGCUAUAACUCAGGGCAGCCAAAUGAAUGGCUCUCCAAAACCCCACUGAGCCCAGACCGUUUCUUGCCCCAAGGCGUUUCUGGCCUCCAGAAGGUUCUUGGGGUGUGGAAUAGGCCACGCACAGUUUCAACAUGGCCUUGCUCCAGAGAGCACAAUGAGACAGGCCAUGAGACAGUUUGAUCCUCAGGAUGCUUGUUCCUCCUCUUACCAUUUUCUUACGGUUUUUAAUGUGAAGAUCUCCCAAAAUUCCAUUACAUAAUAAUUUUGUCAUGUUGAUAAAUGUUACCCUGGGAAUUGUUAUAACCAUUUCCUUCUCUAACCUCCCUAGCUUUCAACUUCCACUUAAUCAUUGUGUGGCAGCUCUGACCUGCCCUGAUUCCUUAGGGGAGCUGGGGUACAGUUUAUGAGCUAGAAGGUUUUCUUUAUUUCAGGCAGAUUGGCUAGUCAGAUGGGAAGCAUUUAGGUAACAGAUGUCCCCCAGUGGGUGUUAGCCAUACUCUAAACAGGAGGCCUUUUCAGCUUGUCUUUGAGUAGGUUAGUUGGCCCUCUUAGAGUCAGUUUAUUAGAAUUUGUUUUUCCAGGACACACAUCACCAGGCUGCUGCCCGUUUGCAGGGCCUGUCUACACAGAGGCUUGGGAGCAGCCCCUGGGUCCUGUUCUGUGCUGGCAGUUCCAUUUGGCACGUGGGUACCAUCAUUUUUGGAGAUUGAUGUUUGAAAACAAUAACCCCAUCGGUUUGUUCUUAUUUCCAUGGACUGGAGGGAGGGCGUGGUUUGCUGAGAAUCUAGGACUUUCUGGACCAGGGCUACCUCUGAAAUGGCAGUGAUCCUAGUGCGCCUGCUGGUGCUGAGAAGCCAGACUGUUUUCUCUGAGGAUCAGAGUGGGACGAACACCGACAUCAGAUGCAUGUCACAAGGGCACUUUGUUGCUUUAAGGCAUCAGUAGGAGAACGUUUGCUUAAAGGAGCUUUCCAGAAGCACCUUCACACCUUGCCUUGGUUUACCCUAAGUGGGUGCGAGGAGUCGUGAGGGCACCCCCAGGCAGGGACAAUGUUCUCUCUUCAUUAGUGUGUCCUUCCUGCCUUUCUCCCCUUUAUUCAACUCCAAAAGGUACUAUGGCAACUUAGCCUCAGGUACUAGAUGCUUUUCAGCCUGGCUAGGAUGAGAGAAACUUUGUGGAAUAGGAAAACAUGAUGGCAACUGUUGUUUGUGGACGGGGGCUUGGGAUCCCUUCCUAAGACUAGUUGCUCAGGGUGGUGCAGGGAAAAGGACCACACCCUGCACCCGCUUCCUACCUUCUCCUCCCCUGCGCGGGGCCCUCACCUGUCCCGUCUGAUGACGUACCAUGUGCCUUUUUCCUCAGCAGUGAGCAGUGGUGGCUAUUCCUGACACAGGCCUAGGGGAAGUGCCAGACUUUGGGGUUUUUAUUUGGAGAGGGGAGUACUUUGGAUAAGUCAGGAGAAACUUUCCUCUGUUCCAUUGCCCUUCUCAGGGACUCCUGAAUAUUCAGCCUCUUCAGGCUGGCAUCCUCUCGCCACCGCAGUGGGAAUGCUGGCCGGGAGAGCCAGCCCACCGGCUUUCCCACAGGCUGCUUGUCUGAUGUGUUCUUUAGCCCUGUACUUCCUGCAUAGUAACUGUGACCAACUGGCCGUGUCAUUGUGGGUCUGGUGUGUGUGUGUGGGUGUGUGUGGGUGUGUGUGUGUGGGUGGGUGGGUGUGUUUCUUCCUGCCUAUUUUGGGUUCCAAAAGUGGGGUGUGUCUGUGUCUGUCUGUAUGACAUCCUUUGGACAUGGGAAUCACAUUCCCUUCGGUUGCAAACUGUGGGGUACCUCCCGAAAGAGAAGCUGUGGUGGGAGCUGCAUGUGGCGUCUCUUGGGUCCCCAGUGCGUCCAUUCUGUUGGGGGCGUGCAGCAGGCCCUGCUGGCUUGUCAGCUGCUGAAGUUGACCUGCACAUGCCUUUUGGGGUAUACUGCUGUUUCCAGUGCCUCCCCAGGACCUUCCCCUGUGCUGUGACCACAUUGUUGCCGGGGGUGAUGGUAUAUUUCACAGGGACCUGCUAGAGCUACUUUAAUUUAUGAUCAUAAGCCUUAGUUUGAUCUAUUACUUGUGGGCUUUGUAUUCUGUGUGUAUCUGUGCAUGUAGUAACACCUAGCAGGAAGAGGUGGGUGGAGUGUCUUAAUGUCAUGUUGCUAGCAGAUGUCACGUUGGUUUCUGCGAUAACUGUACUGUUGUUUGUGCAGUAGAAGUAGUUGUGUGAAAAUACUGCCAUGUCACUUUGAAUAUUACCAGUUUUAUACUUGGAAAAUGGUACUUGCCUCUUAAAUCUUUUGUCUUUAACCUCCCCCCAUCUCAGUUACCCCUUCCUAAUUGCAGCAAUAAUAUCUUUGAAAAAAAUUAAGUAAUAAAAUGUCCCAAAUGUUAAUCGUCAUGAAUGGUUGCAUUUAUUUAUUUAGGCACCAGGCUAGAUCCCGGGUUCGGUGGCAGCAGCCCCUGACCUGGCUGGUGAUGAGACUGCGCCCCCUUCCGGUGGAAUGGUUGUGUGUGGCGCUGAUACUGAGGCCAGUAGAACACUGAGGCGGGGACAGCAGUCCUGCCCAGGUGGAAACACUGUCUUUCCAGCGCCACCAGCAGGGUGAUCAGACCUGUUUUAAGGUCUAGAACUCAGGUCUUUUAGUGACCCGAGGCCUGGGCACCAUCUUAUGUUUCUGUCAUUUUCAUUAUCCAUUGCUGUGUGUACCUUCAUGACAUAUUGGGUCGCCUGGGGUGGCCCCCGGCCAGCUGGAAUAGCUUGUAGCCUUCGUUCGGUUUGGGAGCUGCUAGAACGGCUCGGGUUGUCUGCCAACGUGACUGAGCUGCUUGCGCCAUCAUAACUGAGAAGUCAUACCGAAGGGUUAUUCUGGUUUUGAAGGCUGUCAUUCAGGUGACCCUGCUUUUCAGUGUCUUUCAGCCCACUCAGACUUCCCCAGGAGCAAGCCGAGGCAUGCCACCUGUGCAGUAGUUUUCUGCUCAAUGACUCAGUCCCCUGGGCCUCUGUUUGCUUUGGGGUGCACUCUACACUAUAGAAAGAGGGACUGGCAUGUGCUUGGCUAGGAUACCGGGGUGUUUACAUGCUUAUACCUGCUCCUUACAGGUAUAAACAUUCUCUGUGGGUCCUUGGCAGCAACAAACUGCUGUUAAUUAGGCCCAGUUGUGACACAAGAAAUGGCGAAAGCAAGUUUCAACAACAACCAAGGCUACUGUGGGUUAGCAGAAGUCAGGAUUUGGGAGCCUUUUUUUGAGUUCUUUCUUGCCUUCUUUUUUCUUGGUGCUUUUUUCUUUUUUCU